AUGGAUGUGUGUGAUGUUGGUGUGAGUGAUGGCCACCAGGGAGGCCGUAGUUGGUGCAGUGGGGCAGGGGGAGGAGCCGGAGCCGGAGAAAGGAAAGAAGAGGAGGAGGAGGAGGAGGAUAGAAGUGGUGGUUCAGAAGAAUUGUCAGACUUAUUUGACGGCGGAGAGGACGAGGAAGCACGCAAAUCACAGCAACGCCUCGUCCGAAACGCCGACGUACAACCGCUUCCAGCGUAUCCUCGGUGUCAACGUACAUUCCGGACACGAAUUGGACCCAUUGGACACCUUCCGACCAACUGCACCUCCCAUACCGCACCAACCGCCGUCCCUCCCUCCGUCUCUUCCUCUUCCCCGUACCUAGGUAAGCCGCAACACCCUCUGGUUUACAACAGGUUUAACCAUGAUUUCCCACCAGCAAAAAUAACAUGAAAACAGGUUCCGAUACAAACCAAGAUGCGAGUUCCAGAAUGUAAUUGAUAGGAAUAAGAAGCGAUUGCUGAAACAAAAAUUUUAUUCGCCUGACGCUUCGAAUUCUCACUUGAACAUAUCGUCAGAGACAGUGACAGAAAUGGGUGAUUUGUGCACAGGAAGUUGCCGUAUUUUUAAGAUUCAUUUGCUAUACCACCGCAUACAUAUUAUACUUGGUCGCUCUCCCCAUAAUCAAAAAUUGUUUCCCCUUAAUGAGGUCAUUGUUUGAUGGCCACCGUGAAAGUUUUUAAUUGCUGAAAUCUCAUUAACGUGUUGGUUGCUGGUGUGAUGACUACUCGGCCAAUUGGCCCACCGGCCUUCGCGUUCCCCGAGUGGUCAAUUAAUUUGGCCAGCCUAUGCCUCAGCACGGCAUAUGAAGUGGGGAUAACGUUGUACUUCUUGAUAGACUGAGGUCCCGUGAAGCAUGACUCAAGCAACUCGCGGCUUACGUGAUUAUCCCCUAUUGCAAGAAAUUUGGCCUCAUCGAACUGAAAUGUGUGGCCGAAUCUCGUCGAAUGUACCACGACCUGAGAGUUGGGGUCAUUUCUGCGCAUCGCUGCCGCGUGUUUGGCAAUUCGCGUCUGGAGCGGUCUUCUAGUUUCACUGACGUAGUUACUUUGUCCGCAACUGCACCAGAUCCGAUAGACGACUCCAGAUAUUUUGCCGUGGCAGUGGGUCUUUUGGUCUCAUCACUUGACGCCUUAUGGCGACCCCUGAUCUGUGUGCAACUCCAAAUCCAAGCGGUGCCAGAAGACGACUAACGGCCUCGACAACGUUCUUGGUGUAUGGGAUCGCUUGCCAGGAUUUGGGGUCGGUACGAUAUUGUCGCCAUUUGACGAAGUUGCUUGGGUAUACAUUUUCUCUGGAAACCCGUCAAAGAUCUUGGAAUGCGGCAACCUUGUCUUCCAGUUCACUGCAGUGCGUCUCAACACACCAAUACGGCGUCCUUACGCAGCUGCGUUUGCAGCUGAUUGGGCGGUUGAUUUUGAAGUCGAGUAUUUUCUGACACUCUUGAUGUCCAGGGACACACGCCAUCUAGAAUAUAUUCCGCAGUUUACUGCAGAUCUCCCCUACGUCCGAGGCAGCGACAAUGUCGUUGAUGUUGCAUUAUCCCGACCAAACACCAACAGCCUAACCCCCAAUUUCGACCUUGCGAAGUUUGCGGAUGUUUAAUAGGCGAACGUCUGUUACUCUGUACCUUUGAGAUGCAGCACUUCCCGCAUCACCAGGUACGAUAUUGUGCGACUAAUCCAAUAGUACUCCUCGACCUUUUGUCUCACUAUCCUACCACAACGUAUUGCUUGACCAUUUCUAUUCCACGUUGCAUCCCGGAAUCCACGCUUGUCGUAAGCUACAUUCAUCUGGCCGCAAAUGAACUCUUGCAUUACUCUUCAGACUAGGCAGUAUUUUUCCCGCCACUGGCGCACAUUUUGUGCAUCAAGUACAUUGUCCGUCCCCGAAGCCCGAUCACACUGCGUCCACUUAGACGCCAUUGGCCCUAUCACCAUUCACGUGGAUAUGCGCGUAUUCUGAAAGCGGUUGCUUGUUUCACGUAACGGUCGACUGCUAUUGCUAUCUCGGAUACCCCGACAGGAAAUAUCGCCAUGGAUUUCUUGACACACUGCAUAUUGACUUUUGGUAUGCCGGGCGUCAUUAGUACUGAUCACGGAAGUCAUUUUCGACCUGGAAUCUUCCGUGAGUUCCCUAGAUUGCUGGAGUGUAUGCACACUACAAUCAAGGUAUACCACCUUGUCUCCAACGGCCUCGUGGAGCGUCUACAUCAUCAACUCAAGUCUGCACUAACGCCCCACUCAGAAAAACAAUCUCCCUCUUGUGCUUUUGGGCAUCUGAUCUUCUGUCAAGGAGGACACCCCAUACACUGCUGCCGAAAAACUAAAAGGCGACCCUUCCGUUUGCCCGGCGACUUUGUACAGUCUUUUGUCACGAACACCAAUAUGCCGAGCAUCUUCGUGCAGAUGUUCAAACGACGCAUGUCUCAACUGCGUCAAAUUUCCCCUCGAUGACAUCCACAUGACUUUUUGUGCAUGAAGACCUCAAAUCCGCUCCUUUUGGUUGCAUCCGGCACGAAGCAGUUUGUUCCGCAUAUGAUGGCUUAUACAAUGUUCUUCAGCGAUGGACAAGUAUCGCGUCGAUCAGAAGGCCAACAAGACCGACACAGUCUACAUUGGCAGACUUCAUUCGCGAAAACAUCCCGCCGUUCGUUGUGUCGUCGAAUUCUUCUGCAUCUUCCUUGCCUGA